UCCAUAGAUCAAGAAAAAUGAAAGCAACACAAUUUCCAUCUUUACACAGAAACACCUUUUUAAUCUUCUUUUUGAUCCAUUUAUCAAUAUUUUCACCCUAUUCUGCCAUAUCCAUUAAACAGAAAGAAGCUCAGCAGCAAGUAAUUGGCUAUGGUUACUCAAUCAAAUCUGUGGCUACCACUGGAAAUUCACUUUUUGCUAAUCUUCAACUCAUCAACAAUUCUUCUGUUUUUGGGACUGAUAUUCACAAUCUUAUCCUCAUUGCCAGGAUUUCACCAAUGCCGGUGGGGUUACAAGAAUAUUGAUGAUGUUGAACUGGUAGUGGAUAGUUAUGCAAAGGCUAGGAUACCGCUGGAGGUUAUGUGGACUGAUAUUGAUUACAUGGAUGGUUUUAAGGACUUCACACUCGAUCCAGUUAACUUCCCAUUGGAACGGGUGAAAUCGUUUCUCAGGAAGCUUCACCAGAGUGAUCAGAAAUAUGUACUAAUAGUAGAUCCAGGAAUUAGUAUCAACAAUACAUAUGACACCUAUAGGAGAGGCAUGGAAGCAGAUGUCUUCAUAAAACGCGAUAAUAUGCCCUACCAAGGGGUUGUUUGGCCAGGGAAUGUUUAUUAUCCUGAUUUUCUAAACCCAGCUACUGAAAAUUUUUGGAGAAAUGAAAUUGAGAAGUUCCAGGAUCUCGUACCUUUUGAUGGCCUGUGGCUUGACAUGAAUGAAUUGUCGAACUUCAUAACUUCCCCUCCUACACCAUCAUCUUCCUUUGAUGACCCUCCCUACAAGAUAAACAACUCUGGCGAUCACUUGCCCAUCAAUUAUAGAACAGUUCCAGCCACUUCUACACAUUUUGGUAAUACAAUGGAGUAUAAUGUCCAUAACCUUUAUGGAUUACUUGAAUCUAGAGCCACUUAUAGUGUGUUGGUUAAUGUCACUGGUAAAAGGCCAUUCAUUCUUGCAAGAUCAACUUUUCUUGGCUCUGGCAGAUACACGUCACAUUGGACUGGAGACAAUGCUGCUACCUGGAACGAUUUGGCAUACUCCAUUCCUACUAUCUUGAACUUCGGAUUGUUUGGAAUUCCAAUGGUUGGAGCUGAUAUAUGUGGUUUUUCAAGUAAUACUACUGAAGAGCUUUGCUGCCGCUGGAUCCAGCUUGGAGCAUUCUAUCCAUUUGCAAGAGACCACUCUGCUAAGGACACAACCCCCCAAGAGCUCUAUAGUUGGGAUUCAGUUGCUGCAGCAGCCAAGAAAGUCCUUGGGCUCCGAUAUCAGUUACUUCCAUACUUUUAUAUGCUUAUGAACAAGGCACAUACAAAAGGGACUCCAAUUGCACGACCCCUCUUCUUCUCUUUCCCUCAAGAUGCCAAGACAUUUGAUAUCAGCACACAGUUCCUUCUCGGUAAAGGUGUCAUGAUCUCACCUGUACUUAAGCAAGGAGCAACCUCUGUUGAUGCAUAUUUCCCUGCUGGAAACUGGUUUGACCUCUUCAAUUACUCUCGCUCCUUGAGUUUGAAUCAAGGAACGUAUAUGACACUUGACGCACCACCAGAUCAUAUAAAUGUACAUGUUCGUGAAGGGAACAUAUUGGUCAUGCAAGGGGAAGCAAUGACAACACAAGCUGCUCAGAGGACUGCAUUCAAACUCCUUGUCGUGCUGAGCAGCAGCGAAAACAGUACAGGAGAACUAUUUGUGGACGAUGACGAUGAGGUGCAGAUGGGAAGAGAGGGAGGGAGGUGGACGUUAGUUAAGUUUAACAGCAAUAUCAUUGGCAACAAAAUUGUGGUUAAAUCAGAGGUUGUGAAUGGACGAUAUGCGCUGGAUCAAGGAUUGGUCCUUGAAAAGGUGACAUUAUUGGGAUUGGAAAAUGUGAGAGGAUUGAAGAGCUAUGAGCUUGUUGGAUCACACCAGCAAGGGAACACAACAAUGAAGGAAAGUCUUAAGCAGAGUGGACAGUUUGUUACUAUGGAAAUCUCAGGGAUGUCAAUAUUGAUAGGGAAAGAGUUCAAAUUGGAGCUAUACAUCAUUACUUAA